GGCGGUCCGGUUGCUCUGACGACAUCAGUGUGCGCCGCCCAGUGUGGGCCGUGGUUGCCGGGUGACAGCAGGAGUGUGGCGGCAUGGCGCUGUUCACCAUCAACAGAUACCUCUGCGAUGAUGAACCUGCUAACAGUCUGCAUGAUAACUCCCGAUCCCAAAUUUUGCUAGAGAAGCUUCAUCAAGCGGCCAAGGCCAGACAGCAACAGCUAGAAGUUAAGAAAUGUCCCAUAGAUGGAGAGGGACGGAGGAACCAGGGAGAUGGUGAGAACGGUGGAAAGCAGGGCAAAAAGAGGAAAAGAGAAGCUGAGGAAGAGGCUACAAUUUCAAAGAAAAGCAGGAAGAAAGCAAAACGCCUGUCAAGUGAAUCUGGAGACAGCGAGAAAAGUAGGAGACAUGCUGACUGCCAAGUGCUCAAAUUAGAGAAGGGGGAUGCAGGGUUCAGUGUUAAGCAGUUAUGUAACAAGAAGGUGAAGAGGAUCAUUACUGGAGUGGAGAGAAAAGGCAAACAUCAAGAUCAAAGCACAAACAAUACAGAGACAUCCGAUGAAACUAAUUAUGAUCAGGCAAGACGGAACGGCAAUUUGGAAAAAUCAGAGCAGACAGGAGUGAAGGAGAAAAAUGAUCAGGAUGAGAACCAAAUGUCAACUGAUCCCAAAUCGAACCUGACUAUUCUUGGAGGAUUUCAGAAGAAAAAGAUUCAGAAGGUGCAUCGAGUCUUGCCUCAAUGGCUCGCUAAGCCCAUGCUGGUCAACAAGGACAUUAAACAGAAUCUAAAAGCGAUCGAAAAUGUUCCAGGAAUUCAUGAGAAACUGCUUCAGAAACUUCAAGCCAAUGGUAUCCAUUCCUUCUUCCCAGUUCAAACUGAGGUAAUCCCCACCCUCCUGGAGAGCACAAAGCAUGGAUUGAUGCUGGGCAGAGGGGGCUAUAGGCCGAGAGACCUUUGUGUGUCAGCACCCACUGGCAGUGGCAAGACCCUGGCAUUUGUUAUCCCCAUUGUUCAGGCACUGAUGGACCGUGUAGUAUGCAGAGUUCGAGCCCUGGCUGUGCUCCCAACCAAGGAACUGGCUCAGCAGGUAUGUAAGAUCUUCAGUAGUUAUACUGAAGGCCUGGGUCUGAAAGUAGUGAUUAUUGCUGGACAGAAACAAUUUGCUAUGGAGCAGGCCUCUCUUGUAGAGCAUACGAUUACUGGCUACCGCAGCUUGGCAGAUAUCAUUGUUGCAACUCCAGGACGUUUGGUUGACCACAUUGCCAAAACCGACGGAUUUGAUCUGCAACAUCUCCGAUUCUUGAUAAUCGAUGAGGCAGAUCGAAUGAUUGACAACAUGCACCAGGAUUGGCUGAACAAAGUAGAGAGGGCAGUAUACCAAGUGAAUGAAUGUUCAGCUCCAGACAGUUUGUUCCAGAGGAUAAAGCCAGGGAUUUGCACGGCUGCAAGCCAUUCCCGGCUGCAGAUGCCCCUGCAGAAGCUGCUGUUUUCUGCCACCCUCACCCGGGACUCUGAGAAACUGCAGCAGUUGGCACUGCACCAACCUCAACUCUUCACCUCCAACUACACACCCUUGGAAAGGGAGACCCAUGUGAUCCAGAGUGAACUCCAAGAAUCCGGUGACACUAUUGGAAACAAGUACACCUUGCCCGAGGGCCUGACAGAAUUCAUUGUACCAUGCAAUCUUAGAAAGAAGCCUCUGAUAAUCCUCUACUUUGUCCUGAGAAUGAAAUUCAGUCGUAUCCUAUGUUUCACCAACUCCAGAGAUGCAUCGCACAGGUUGUAUCUAUUACUUCGUGCCUUUGGUGGCAUAGCAGUGGCAGAAUUUUCUUCCAGGCUUUCCCCCAAUGAAAGACGAAAGACUCUGAGAGAGUUCGAGAAAGGAAAUCUCCAAAUACUGAUCAGCACAGAUGCAAGUGCUAGAGGAAUUGAUGUUAAAGGUGUCACAUGUGUGGUUAACUAUGAUGCCCCACAGUUCAUCAGGACAUACAUCCACAGAGUUGGUAGAACUGCUCGAGCUGGGAAAGCUGGGCUUGCAUUUACACUUGUCCUAAAAGUGCAGGUG